AUGAAGGCACUGUGCGAGGUGGACAUGGGAGUUCUCACAAGUGACAAUGUUGAGGUUAUCCAAGAAGAGAUCGGUAAGCUGCCACAGUUGCAUGUUCUAAGUAUUCGAAUCAGUAACAAUAAGAUACAAACUGAAGAGCUCAAAGACGAGUUAUGGCAUAAACUUGCCUCCUUCCUGAGCAACACAUGCGCUCUCCAAUCACUCAAUCUGGAAUGCUGGGAGUAUGGUCAAGCUCUUUCUACUGGCAGUGUGGAGUUUCUGCAUUACGUCUCCCGGCCUCCGUCACUGCUCCAAUACCUUAGUAUUUGUGGGAGCAUUAAGGAACUGCCCGAAUGGGUCUCAUCACUCACAUACCUCACAAAGUUUGAAGCGGAAUGGACAGAAGUUGAUGGCAACCAGUUAUUUCAUGUCCUGUGUAAGUUGCCCAACCUGCAGACCGUCAAACUGAAGCGAGUUGAGUGCAAAGACGGAGAACUAGUUGCACGCCUUGAACAAAGCUUCCCGGUGCUUAGGAUCCUGGAGGUGUUAUACUGUCCCACCUUGACAAAGUUCACAUUCGAGGAAGGAUCAAUGACAAAGCUCGAGACACUUGUAUUGGACUUUCAUAAUGAGGAGAUGAGCCUUGCUGGAGUCGAGAACUUGGAGAACCUUAAAGAGGUCAAGCUCCGUGGUAGGAAAGGUAACCCGGCAAUGGAACGUGCAGUGGAGCAGCUCAAGACUCACCCCAAGUCCAAUCAGAUCAAAGUGGUAGCGGACUGGUGGUGAGGUGCGCCUCUUAAUUAGGAACUGCUGCUCCUGUACGUUUUCUACGGCCUUAAUUAGUGCGCUUUUCCUUUGAACUGCAUAUGUCUGUGUUUCCUAGCUAAAUUCUGCCCAGGGCUCAGGCUCGAUCCAGCACUUGGUUAUCCUAUUGAUUUUCAUGUGUGGGAAGUGGAGUGCCAAAUAAAACAGCUUGUAAGAAGCAUGAGUGCUAUGUAUAUGUAUAUGUGUAUUUCGCAUGAUUUAUAAAAUGCCUCUUACUCUUCA